AUUUAGGCGUAUCUUAGUUUUUUUGCUUGAGCUUACCCAACAAACAAUCACCGAAAAUGUAUUCAACAAAAGGAAUCAUAGUCCUUGUUUUAGUGACAUUUGCUGCACUGAUGCUGGCAACGGCUUAUCCAUCAAAAGACAACCUCAAAAUCCGAAUACAUGUUCCGGUCAAACAUCACACCCACAUUCAUACGAAAACGGUGAUUAAAAAGGUGCCACUGCCCAUUCCGGUGCCAGUCAAAGAGCACAAAGAGCAUAAGGAGCACAAAGAGCACAAGGAAUAUAAGAAACAUCUCAUAGAGGACAUCGAGGAUGACUUCGAAGGCUAUGACUAUCCGAAGAAAAAGCGACGAACCCGACAUCCUUUUGUUUAAGUUGUUGUUGUUGUUGUUGAUGUGAGCUCAACUCAAAUGGCGGCGGUGCAAUACCAAGUGCAAUA